UAUAUCUAGCGUCUGAAUCAGUACAGCAAAAGUUUUCGUUCAUUAUAAUCGUGUAUUAAGUUUUUGUAUCGUUGGAGGGAGAAAAUAAAAUUAAUAGGACUUCAAAAUGUUUUAUAAACAAAGCAUAUUGUUUUUGUUAAUUGUUGUAUUCUGUGAUAAUACUCUUGCUAAAAUUGCUCCCGAUUAUAUCAAGCCAUGUCCUGGUCUGAAGUCAGAAUGUCUACAGAAAAAUAUUCAGGAGACAAUCCCUUCGUUUGUAAAGGGAAUCGCGGCUAUAGGAAUCAACUCUUCAGAUCCUAUGCACCAGGAUAAAAUAGAAUUAGAGCUGCCCGGAGGUUUGAAAAUCAAUUUCAGAGAUGGUGUCAUGACUGGGCUCAAAAAAUGCGUCGUGGAAUCAGCUAGCUACGUCGACUUGGAAGCAAAACUUUCAUUGAGAUGUAAUCUAACGAUAAAAGGAAAAUAUACGGCCAAAGGAAGAGUUCUAAUUGUAACAAUAAAUGGUGAUGGAGAUGCCAAAGUUAAAACUCCUAACAUUCAUUUCGAUUCGAAACUCAUAUUCGAAGAUGUGACUCGAAACGGUGUUGUAUACAGAGUGGUGAAAGAUUACAAAGUAAAAUAUGAGUUCGGUGAUAGAGUUUCCUUUGUAUUCACAAACUUAUUCAAAGGAAACAAAGAACUCAGUGAAGCAGUGUUGGCGUUCUUGAACGAAAAUUGGAAGCAAGUCGUCGAAGAAUUUGGGAAGCCCGUCGUUGAUACAAUAAUCAGAUUAACCUUUGAUAAUAUCAAACAGUUCUUUGAGCGUAUUCCAAAAGAUGAACUUAUUGUAGAUUAAUUUUUGAUUUUAAUUUAUAAAUAAGGCUGUUUUCUUAGAGAAUGUGUCAAAGCAUUAGUAAGAAAAUGUCUAAAAUAGCUGUGAUUAAUUAUAUUAAGUAAUUACCAUUUAGUUUAUAGAUACUUUAAGGAUGUGAUGUAUUAAAGUAAAUUUGUUUAUAAGAUUGAUUGGAGUAAAUAAAUUCAGUAAAAUAAAAGUGUGUUA